UAAUAUUAAAUUAUAAUUAUUUAUUUUCAUUUAUCAUAGUUGUUUUACGUGACUAAAACUACCUUUCAGAAUUUAUGUCCGAAUUUUACAGGGUGUUUCUCCGAAUGCAGGGGUCAAGCACCAAACAACUUUCCUACAUAUGUAUACCUCUCAGCAGAAACAAAGAACAUCAAAUUUUCAUGGUCAAAUCUCGACCAUUCGAACGCGAAAUGGUGUCCGAUCCAGACCAAUAAAUAGACGAAAUUCCAAGUGCGAAGACUCCAGUAAUUGGCGGACACACCUUUGAGAAUGUGGUUCGGUUUCCUGGCUAUUGUGAGUCUCUUCUUAGGGGUGCCCUGGACGAGUGCUCGACGGGGCUUCGGACCCGGGGAGCAGGACUGGGGCUACGUGGACGUCCGUGAGGGAGCGCAUAUGUUCUACUGGCUCUACUACACCACAGCCAACGUGAGCACCUACACGGACCGUCCUCUAGUCCUCUGGCUGCAGGGCGGGCCAGGAGGCGCCUCCUCCGCUCUGGGCAACUUCCUGGAGCUGGGACCAGUGGAUGUGAAGGGUGAACCUCGCGAAGGCAAUUGGGUCCAGCACGUGAACCUUCUCUUCUUGGACAGUCCUGUUGGCGCGGGCUUCAGCUACGUGGACAACUCCAGCCUGCUGGUGACCAACAACGAGGAGCUGACGGACGACCUGAUGACCUUCAUGAUGCACUUCUACAAGCGACACAGCGAGUUCAAAAAGGUUCCUCUGCACAUCUUCUCGGAGAGCUACGGCGGCAAGAUGGCACCUGCGUUGGCCAUUCGCUUGGAUAAGGCCAUGAGUCUAGGUGAGUUGGCAGCGCCAGGAAUACUGAGAUCGGUCACCAUGGGCAACCCCUGGAUAUCGACCCGACACAUUUGCCGGGAACACUCCAAGUACCUGUUCGUGAACGGGCUGAUCGACGAGGACGGAGUGGCGCAGAUUGAUGCUCAGGAGGAACGCAUUCUCAGCGCUCUCAAGAUGCAUGAGUUCGAGAAGGCCACGGAUGAGUAUCUGCAGUGGUUCGGUCUUAUGCAGAACCUCACCGGGGAGGUCUUCAUGUACAACACGCAGACCCACGUGGACCCGUCCGAGGACCGCACCUACGGCUAUGGGGAUGACCUGGUCCAAUUCAUGCAGGAGGAUGUGGGUGAGGCUCUGCAGAUUAACGGCAGUAUCUUCGCAGCGCAGGUCAUAGAGGUCUUCGGCGCCUUGCACGGGGAUCGCCUGCAAUCGGAUAUGAUUACGAUUCCACGAUUGCUGAACGAGACCUCCGUGACGGUAAAUAUUUAUUCCGGGCAGCUGGAUGCCCUGGUUCCCACCUCAGCCACCUUGGCUUUGAUCAAAGACUGGGUCUGGGCAAAUAAGAGCGAGUACCUCCAGGCUAAUCGUACUCCCAUCGUGAUCGAGGGCAGAUUGCAGGGCUACGAGAAAGUCGGCGGCAAGUUCGGGAUGUACUGGAUCAACCGAUCGGGUCACCUGGCGCCCGGAGACAACCCGACGGCCAUGCAGUAUGUCUUGAGAGCCGUCACGCAGUAUCAAAGCGAUUCCUCCGAGUAAUGUGUUAAACGUGUGUUAGUAUUUUUUAAGCUGCUCGAAUAAACCAAAGUUGUUAGUUGAA